AUGAACACACACACCUUAACUAGAAACCUCUAUACAGUCACAGACCGAAAUAAAUAUAAAGCCCCCACUGUUACCGAGGAGAGGGGAGGAAGACAGGAGACUGUGAAGACAUCCAUAACUACUAUUCUCAGAUUUGAAGCUAGUCCAUUGGAUACACAUGCGACCCUAACACAAGGAGAGUUCCCUCACUGUGGGGAAAAAGGAAGAGGGGAUUACAGCGUUAAAAAAAAAAAAAAGGUAACUCCAAAUUCCGAUGUAUACGGACCUUCAAUCCUGAUGACCUGGAUUAUUUAUGCUGCUGUGACCAGCAUAAAUAUUAAGAGUAACCACUAG